CCCGGCGCGGCGCGGGUGGCGCGGGCCGGGGGACGGCGGGGCCGCGCCGGGCAGUGCCAUGAGCCGCGGGUAAGGCUCUGACACAUCUCUGGGACCUGCAAUGACAAGUCAGAACAGUAGCCAUGCAGAGAAAACUGGUGAGAUGUCCUCAAAGCAGUCAACACCAAAAGUGCAGGUACAGCGAUCUGUCUCCCGAGAAACCAUCACUAUUCAUUUCUCUGCAUUUGGGAAGGAGGAAGAAGAGGAGGAAGAGGAGUUUAAAGAAUUUCUUGGUGAGGAACUAGAUGACCAAAGCAUUGUAACAGCACUUGAAGCCAAGGAAGACCUCUGCUUUGAGCAUACCGGCCAUGAUUUUUCUGGUCCAGCUACCUCGCUUGACGUGGCCAACACUGCAUCACCACUGUCCUCAUCACCUGCCAUUCUGCCAACUGCAGAGACUGUGAAACUGUUGGAUUCUCCCUCCACAUCCCAAGUAUUCAAUGCAGUGCCACUAGUCCUGUCUCCAUCAUCACACAUGUGUCCUUCUGUCAGCUCAUCAGGUGCGCCACCACAUAUGGAGCAGAAGUCCAGCCUGUCGUCUUCCCCAUCCUCAUCCCCUUCCAGAUCAGGUGUCUGCUCUGGUGGAUCAUCCACAGUUUCUACUUCAAAGCCUUUUAAGGGUUUAGUUAAGUCCCUUUCAACAGAUGUGGAACCAAAAGAACCCACCCCACCGAUGCGACAUAGACAGUUGAUGAAAACCUUAGUGAAGUCUCUGUCUACAGACACUUCCAAACCGGAAGUUGAAGCUGUGUCUUACAGGCCACCCGACUCGAAGCUGAACUUACAUUUGUUCAAACAGUUCACUCAACCUCGAGCUACAGGUGGUGACUCUAAAACUGCCCCCUCAUCUCCACUGACAUCUCCCUCUGACACCCGGUCCUUUUUUAAAGUCCCUGAAAUGGAGGCUAAGAUUGAAGAUACUAAAAGACGCCUUUCUGAAGUAAUCUACGAGCCUCUUCAGCUGCUCAGCAAAAUAAUGGGUGAUGAAAGUAGCAGCCACAGGCCCAAAGCCUUAUCUUCAAGUGCUUCAGAACUCUCAAACCUUUCCAGUUUGAAUGGCCAUUUGGAAAGCAAUAACAACUACAGCAUUAAGGAGGAAGAAUGUGAUUCUGAAGGGGACUUCCGCGGGAGCGACUCUAACCUGGGUAGGAACGAUCAGUCGAAAGUGGCCGAGGAGCACCCAAAAGAGACCGAGACCAAAAGCUCUCAAUCUGCAAGCACAAAGGACAUGAGUUCAAAAACUUCACUUGUACUUGAAAAAUGUUCCCUGUCUGCACUAGCAAGCAGAGAGGAUGAGGAGUUUUGUGAACUGUAUUCUGAGGACUUUUCCUUGCUAGAGGAUGAAAGCAAAACCGAUAAACCUGCUGAAACUUCACUGGAUCAAGAGAUGACCAAGGAGAGCGGUACUGUGCUCGGCAGUGAGGAUGAAAAUCAUUCAUAUGUGCAGCAGCCUAAAAUACCACUCAAAACUUUAUACUUCUUAACACUGUUAGUCUAUGCUUACUUUAUUACCCCUCUCCCUGGCUACUUAAGUGGACUGUUCUUUGGAAUGGCCCUUGGAUUUAUGAUAGCUGUCUGUGUGAUUUGGCUUCUUACGCCACGCACUCAUGAAUAUGUCAGAUUGCAUCACAGUAUGAAAAAGCGAUGGAAUGCAGGAGCUCUAGACAUCAAAGAACCUGAAAUACUGAAGGGAUGGAUGAAUGAGAUUUACAAUUAUGAUCCAGAAACAUACCAUGCUACGUUGACUCACUCUGUCUAUGUGCGACUGGAAGGAAGCACCUUACGGCUUUCCAAACCCAACAAAAACAUCUCUAGAAGGGCUGUGUACAAUGAGCCGAAGCCUGAAGUCACUUAUGUCAGCCAGAAAAUUUAUGAACUUACAGAGAGCAAGAUUUCCCUGGUUCCUAAGAGUCUGGCACGAAAACGGAUUUGGAACAAGAAGUACCCCAUUUGCAUUGAACUUGCUAGACAGGAUGACUUCAUGGCUAAGGCCCAGAUUGAUAGAGAGAAUACAGAGGAAAAGUUAUCUGCUGAAAAAGUGGACUCAAACAAUGAAGAAUCCAAGAAAACUCAGGAUGGAGCAAAGUGCACUAGCCAAAAGGAUCAAGUACUUUAUCUCUUUGGAAGGACAGGCAGGGAGAAGGAGGAAUGGUUCAGAAGGUUCCUUCUUGCAUCUAAGCUGAAGUCUGAAGCAAAGAAGCCAUCCAGUGCAUGUGGGAGCAAGCCAGGGAUCUUGCCAACACACAGCAGAUCUGAUAGUCAGUCUGGAGUUCUCACACACAGCCGGAGCAGCAGCAAGGGGAGUGCAGAAGAAAUUGGGUCUCAGCUGAAGCACAAGGAUCUGGCCAGCAACGUGCGGCAGAAAAUGCUUCUGGACUACAGUGUUUACAUGGCAAAGUGUGUUCCACAGGAAAAGAAAAGCCCUUUGGGUAGUCCAGUCCUCAGUGCAGAUAGCAGCCCUACAGCUGUGAAAAAGUUACCAGAUGCCCAUGUGGAAGCUGAAGAGGAGGAACAGGAGGCCUGGGUGAAUGCUUUGCUUGGAAGAAUAUUUUGGGAUUUUUUAGGAGAAAAGUAUUGGUCUGAUCUAGUGUCAAAGAAGAUCCAAAUGAAGCUUAGCAAAAUCAAGCUGCCCUACUUUAUGAACGAGCUAACCUUAACUGAGCUUGACAUGGGGAUAGCAGUGCCGAAGAUCCUUCAGGCCUUCAAACCUUCUGUUGACCACAGAGGACUUUGGAUUGAUUUGGAAAUGUCCUACAAUGGAUCUUUUCUAAUGACCCUGGAGACUAAGAUGAACUUGACCAAACUUGGUAAAGAGCCACUUGGUGAAGCGCUGAAAGUUGGAGAGCUUGGCAAAGAAGGUUUCAGGCCAAGGGCAUACUGUCUUGCAGACAGUGAUGAGGAAUCCUCCAGCGCUGGCUCUUCGGAAGAAGACGAUGCUCCUGAAGUGUCAGGAGAGAAGCAGGUGACUCCAGGAGCAGAAGGGUAUGUUGGAGGACAUAGGACAAGUAAGAUCAUGAGAAUUGUGGAUAAAAUCACUAAGUCAAAAUACUUUCAGAAAGCAACAGAGACUGAGUUUAUUAAGAAGAAAAUCGAAGAGGUCUCCAAUACUCCAUUGCUGCUAACAGUUGAAGUGCAAGAGUGCAGAGGAACGCUAGUAAUUAACAUUCCACCUCCACCUACCGACAGAAUAUGGUAUGGCUUUCGAAGACCUCCCUACCUGGAGCUAAAAGCUCGGCCAAAACUAGGUGAGAGAGAAGUAACACUGGUUCAUGUGACUGACUGGAUAGAGAGGAAACUGGAACAAGAGUUUCAGAAAAUCUUUGUCAUGCCAAACAUGGAUGAUGUUUAUAUUCCUUUAAUGCACUCAGCCAUGGAUCCUCGCUCUUCUACGUGCCCUCCUAAAGAUCUGAUCAUGGAGGCUCCUGAUCAACCAUGACAUGUGAAGACUCUUACAGUUUACAGUAUUAUAAAAGUUAUUCACAUGGUUUUAUAAACUGUGCUGUAGUUCUCAUCCUUAACUCAUGCCACUUGCCCCCCUCCAAAGGACUGCCUAUAACCGUACCUUUGCGCUCACUUGCCUGGUUAUUGUUCCUGUGUACUUCAGCUACAUGAAGUUUCAUUCCAUUCAGCAGGUGAUUUAUUUUUGUACUGGCUACCAUCAGGAUUUUAACUCGGAGGCUAAGAUGACCUGUUCUUUGGGAGUGGGAGGAGGAACCUAAGUGUAAUAGAUGGAGGAGCUCGUUGACACACCUUUAGUUUUCACGCUGUAUUAACGUGCAUUAAAGCCUUGAAAGGUUGUUUGGCAGCAAAGGAACCGCGUGCCAAAUGGAAAAAAGUCCUAAGGAAUGGAUUUAUGAAACUGGAAGAAUAUGUUUUUCUUUCUCAGGCAGUUGGAGGUGUAGAAUGAACUGUUUUAUGUUCUUUCACUUCUGCAGUCAAUAGCUUGUGUCAAGCAAUCAAAAUAUGAAAUGCUUUCAGGAUAAAAGAAUGUAAAUUGGAUAUAUAGGAAAUAUUGUGGUUCAGCGUGGGAGAUACAUUGUAACUUUUUUUCAUACAGAACUUGUGCUUUUUUUGAGAAGCAAGUAGCCAUAAAACACAGACAACUAUCAGCGAAGGUGGGGGCUGCCAGAUUUCUGUCAGUGAGAAGAAAAAAAGCUGGUAAAGCCAUGAGACCAAACCAUAGCAAGCCGCCUUAUAGUGAGGUACAAUCACCUUGGUUCAUAAUUAACUCUGAAUGUUUCUAAAGACAUGAGCACACACCUAAAUGUCAAUACUGCACAUUACCAGGAGUACUUAGUUACCUACUGUGUAGAGCCUCUUGCUACAACAAAACACACCAAGUUCUUCGAAGAGUUUGUUGCUGUGAGUCUUUUCCAUUGCACUGUGUUUACACCCAAAGCAUGGGACCAACUCUGAGGUCACAGCCCUGCACCUGCAGGCCAUCAGUUGGAUGCUUGUGAGAACAGCUGUGACUGAAGAGAUUUAGACCCCCAUGCCUUGGUUCUUUGGACUUUGUGGAAUAGGAAUUCAAGUAUUGCAAUUUCUCAAGCCGAUCGCUGUGUAAUUAAAGACUGUUUCUGCUAAUUAGUGGCCAAAACUAAGGGGGGAGGGAGAACUGCCUUUUCUUUCUGUCUGGUGUAACGAUUCAAGAUGAAAUGUAUGCAGGAAAUUCAAUAUUCAAACACUACAUAUCCACUAUUUAACACAUGUAGUAUUUUUCUGAUACUCAGUGUUGCCAACUGCUCAUGGAUGUCAGAAAACAUUUUAGUUUACAAAGAAGGUGAGCUUUGCCUCUCCUUCAGCAACAUGAUUUGCUUUUUUUUUUCUUAGAAGUAAUUUUUUAAGGACUUUUUUGUACGUUGUGUUGUCACAUUUGAUGCAAAUCAAACUUCCCAUGUGUAAUGAUGAUUUGCCAUCUCUAAAAGAAGCUAUUCUAUUGAAGGUUUUUUAAACAGCACCUUGCCUGAAACAUAAAAACUAGCAUUUAAUAUAUUUAAAAUUAAUUCUAUAUUUGAACACCUAUUUUGGUUACCUUUAAUUGAAAUAUUAGUAGGUUAUAUUUGUUACCUGAACUCCUCCUUGAUCAUUCCAGGCUGUGUAUAUUCUGGGGUUUGCUCUGAUCAUGUAGGCAUUAUUUGCCUUCCAUGAAGUCUGCAUGUCUCGUACACAGGUCUUUUAAUUUCUAUGUGCAAUAACUGAAGUCAGAGGACUAGAUGCACUAAUGUGUAAAGAUUUAGAGUUACUACACAAGGUUGUCAUAUUGCACUUCAUAAGCCAUGGGUAACUACACUCUGCUUGCUUUGUUUUAUUAAAUAAAUUUAUCCCAUGUCAAACAA